CGCAAUUUUCAACCAACGCAAACAUCUGGGCAAAUUUUUGGCUUAUUUUAAUUCAGAUUCUGAGUUCUGACACCAAGACACAACAGCCCUCAAACUAAGGACCCUUUUCUUUCUUCCUGUCUUCUGAGUCAAUGGCGUCAGCUUUUUUCACUAGAACUCUCUUGCUUCACCGUCUUGUUCACUCCUCAAUCUCCAAGCCGCAAGCUUUAACUUCAUUUCUCAAUAAGAGACUGUAUUACUCACAGCAUGGCCCCAAAUAUACACCAGACAAGACAUCGUCUAUCGAAACACCUCGUGUUAUGGCUUCCUCAGUAGUUGGUACAAGGUCUUAUUAUUCAGCAUUAGCCAUGUCCACAAAUGAACCUGUUGUCUCUGUUGAUUGGCUACAUUCGAAUCUCAGGGAACCUGAUUUGAAGAUUUUGGAUGCAUCUUGGUACAUGCCAGAUGAUCAGAGAAAUCCUAUUCAAGAGUAUCAGAUGGCUCAUAUUCCUGGUGCCCUAUUCUUUGAUGUGGAUGGAAUAGCGGAUCAAAAUUCUAAUUUGCCACACAUGUUGCCAUCAGAGGAAGCUUUUGCUGCUGCUGCUUCUGCUCUUGGCAUCCAGAAUAAGGAUGGGGUGGUUGUUUAUGAUGGGAAGGGACUUUUUAGUGCAGCUCGUGUCUGGUGGAUGUUCCGAGUCUUUGGGCAUGACAGAAUCUGGGUGUUAGAUGGAGGCCUUCCAAGAUGGCGUGCUUCAGGAUUUGAUGUCGAAUCAAGUGCUUGUGGUGAUGCUAUUUUGAAAGCUAGUGCUGCUAGCGAGGCAAUAGAGAAAGUAUAUCAGGGACAUGUAGUUGGGCCAGUCACAUUCGAGACAAAGUUUCAGCCACAUCUUGUCUGGUCACUUGAGCAGGUUAAAGGAAAUAUUGAGGAAAAAGCUUACCAACAUGUAGAUGCCCGUUCAAAGGCCAGGUUUGAUGGUGCUGCACCUGAACCUCGUAGAGGAAUAAGAGGUGGUCAUGUCCCUGGAAGCAAGUGUAUUCCUUUCCCGCAGAUGUUGGAUGCUUCUCAGAUGCUGUUACCAGCAGAUGAGCUAAAGAAGCGAUUUGCGCAAGAAGGCAUUUCACCGGACAAACCUGUUGUAGCCUCAUGUGGCACUGGCAUAACUGCAUGCAUUCUUGCAUUGGGUUUGCACAGACUUGGGAAGCUGGAUGUCGCAGUCUAUGAUGGAUCAUGGACUGAAUGGGGAGGUCAUGAAGACACACCAGUCAACGCAUGUUCAUGAAAUUACCAUAGUCUGCAACCAAAAUCUUAUACACAGAUUGCAACGAUGACGCAGUUUUGUAAAAUGUUGAGUUGUGAUUUUUAUUUUUGGUGUUUAAUGUGAAAGUGUGAACCCCAUGGUUAAAAACAUUGGUGUUGAAUUCUCAAAGAGGAUGCAUGUGGGGAGUGUUUAUUAGAAAUAAGUAAUAUGUGAACCUUUAUUUCUUUGGAGAAAGCAUAGUCAAUAACUCUAAGCAAAUAUUUUAUUAUUGUUAAAAUACUAUUGCUAUAUUUGGAAUGAAAGUUUUGAUGAUUUGGCUUCCUUUA